CAAACUCCCCGUCACCACAAUGGCACUGGCCAACUUUAAAAUCGCCACUCCCCCAUCAAACUCGUUACUUCGACGAACACUCAGUACAACCUAUACAUAUAAUCCGCCGUGAUGAUGUGGUUAUCCCAAAACAACACAACAACAUAUAACAAUCCCUCCUCGCACCAGCGACAGCAGUACUACCCACAGCAAAACUCGCGGUUGUCAGCCUUUCUACCAAACCCCACCGCCACCUCAACAGACCCCACUCUCGAUAUCGACUCCGAGAUCCAGUCGCAAAGCGCCUCCUCCUCGCCUCAGUCGCUUGCUCAGUUCCCGCUGUCGACCUUUGACAGUCUUCCCGCAGCAAGCGUCCCCCGAACACCCCAGGGCGACCUGUUCAGAUUCUCGGCGCCCACAACCCAGCCAAAGGCUCAGGCCGAGGCUUUGCCUCCCGUCAACAUGAUGUACGCAGACUCAUGGCUGGGCGAGAGCAGCCAGUUCCCAGCAAGGAACAGCCACAGGAAUAUCCACCAGCGCGAGUCCUCGCUUUCGUCGCUGGGGUCACUGGGACCGGCCUCGCCCUUCUCGUUCAGCUCGGCAAACCCACAGAUCGCCAUCAACGAAUCUGGCGAGCCGUACCACAGCCUCCCCAUGGCCGAUGACCAGACCUACCACCUCGCCACAAAGGUCUCAAACCCAACCACCCACGACAACUUCUACACCAACAUGCCCUACUCAUCCGAUUCGACAUCGGUCCACAACUACGCAAGUAUGCUCGCGCCGCAGAGGCAGCGAACUGAUCGUAGUGGAUUGUUGCCUCCCCCAGACUUUCCUAGUGGCGGCUCCACCACCUCCCGUCCCGUGUCAGUGGCGAGUUCUGUCGCGAGUGACUCACCAGUCACGCCGGCCGCUCCGGAGCCAGAGGACGACAGGAGGCGAAAAGCUGCUCUCCACACUGUCCCCAAGCUGGACCGCACCAUGACCGACAUAUACAGCGACGAGUUGUACAAUCCCAACUUCUCCAUCACGUCUGUGUCGCAGCCGAGCCAGACCACAGUGUCGCCAAAUCACGAGGUCUUCGCGCAAAGGUUACAGGCCGCCAACAGCCAACAUCUGAGCGCAACGCAAUCACCAAUCUCGACGUCAAGAGGCCGCUCGCCGUUCAGGCAAGGCUCGCCACUGGCACCACAACCUGCCCACGACUUCUCUCAACAGGCAACAAACAGCAUGCGCUUCAACACUGCUCAGCACAUGAGGGAGAAGAGGAAGGCAGAGCAGGAUGCUGCUCAGGCUUUGCGCCAGGCCAUGGCUCAGCCCAACACGAGCACUGGCACGCCACAAACCAUCUCGCCCAAGGAUGCCAUCCUGGAAUUCAACGACGCAGACAACAACAACAACAACUUCCCCUUGUUCUCGUCUCAAGACUCGACUGGAUUCGACGCGAGUCAAAUGUCAAAGGCCACCCCUCAGACCAACACCUUUGGCGCCCUGUCGCUUGAUACCUCGUUCGACAACUAUCUCGCUUCUCAGAUGUCAUCAGGAAUGCAGCUCCCUCAACAGUACCCCUUCGUUGCCAAGCACAGGCAGCAGAGCAGCCUCCCAUCCGUCAGCAACGGCUCCUACUCUGUGUCGUCUCGCCUCAGCUCGAGUACAUCUGCAUCACCUGUGUCUACGGCACUUGGCAGCCCCCAGAGGCCAGACGCCGUUGGUGCGGAUGGCGGCACAUACACAUGCACGUAUCAUGGUUGCACGAUGAGAUUCGAGUCGCCCACCCUGCUCCAAAAGCACAAGCGUGAGGGCCACCGCCAGGCCCACGGCCUGAAUGGUCUGCGCAGGCCGGAGGCGGCACCAGCCUCGUUCCUGAACACACAGGCGGGACCCCACAAGUGCGAGCGAAUCAACCCGAGCACCGGCAAGCCAUGCAACACGGUGUUCUCACGACCUUACGACCUGACACGGCACGAGGAUACGAUCCACAAUGCACGAAAGCAAAAGGUCCGAUGCGAUGUGUGCACCGAGGAGAAGACCUUCAGCCGCGCCGACGCGCUUACCAGGCACUACCGCGUCUGCCACCCAGACCUGGAAUUCCCCGGAAAGCACCGCAAGAGGGGCGGGGCUACCAGCUAAAGUUGCUCCGGACCGUGUUGCCUACUUCGCCCUUGAUGGUGCGAACAGAGGUGCGCUUGGCUAUUCCCACAAUCAAUACGCACGGAGAAACUGCAAUACGAACGGGCACGAAUGAUAACGACACCCCCCCCCCACCAGACGGCAAGGGUGGGCCGGGCGUGGGCGCGCAUUGCACGGGCUCUUGAGUCGAUGACCGCAGCGUCGAAGGUUCUUUGACGACAUUGGCGUCAUGUGGUUGGAGGGUGGAGGGUGGGGGGGGAGGCUCUUCCGCAAUGCAUGCUGCAGACGCCAUGCCAGGCUGGGCGGCGGGGGUGCGGCCUCAUCCCUGCCGCGUGGGAGCCAGGGCUCAUCAUCCUACGUCAUACCCUCUGCACGCGAAAGCCUUAAGGGUCCUGCGCAGGGACCAAGUGCGACUGCGCCAUGACGUCAUCCGAGUGCCGAUCAGGGUCCUCGCUGAUUUCAUCCUGAGCCAGCCCGCUCGCUAGGCUCGACAUCCGAAUCCAAAUUUGGGCAACCUGGCGCGCCUGGGCACGACAGUCUGAAGUCAUCUGCAACCCCACCGACACCAUCCCACAGUACCGGCAUGAUGUUUAUGUCUAUUCGGCACCCGUGCUGGGAAUGGUAAUCUGGAAAUGGCACAUUGGCCCGGGAAACGAACCCGGCGCUGGGGCUCUCGAACAGGGCAGGGCAGGGCAGGGCAUCUCUGCAUCCCCGUCGCGGCCGCGGCCACCACUCCGACAUCCCCUCCGCCCUAUCAUCAUCGUCGUCAUAACCGUCAUUACUGGUCCCAGUGUGCAUCGGCUUCCGGGUGGAGCGAGCGGCAUGUGCCGUAUCUCGAAUGCCCCAUUCCCAUCCGAAAAGAGGCACAUCACACCACCCGAUAACUACUGUGCACACACACCACCGAGGUCGGUCGCUUGGCACCAGCGGGCUGGGUCACCCCAUCAACCUCACUCAACACACAUCAUUUUCACAUCCCGGAAAUGGGACCAAGGACGUCACUACUAAUAGGACCCUGUGCAAAUACUACUUGUGUAUUAUACUUGGGAGGUAUCACGCGGAUCAUGGUCAGUGUUUUAGACAUUUUUGUGCACUUUGGUCACGCAUGGCGUAACGGAAGGAUCAUAGAGGAGCAGCUGCUUGAUUCGUUGACUCUCUAUUUUAUUUCUCACUGGUGUGUAAUCAACGCAUUUUUUUUACAUGUUACCCAUGAAUGUCGGAUGAUAUUCUUCUUGUCUGGACGGGGCGCGGAUCUCAAAAGGAAAAAAAAGGGCAGGGGAUCAUAGACACAAAAACAAAACAUUCGCAGCUUUCCGCGCUGCUUUCCAAUCAGUACCGGCAUUGUCAUACGAGACGGGUGCCUUGGCACCUUGCACCUCAUACUCAGAUUGAGUUCCCGCUAUUCCUUUAUUUUUUUGUUGGACCUUCCUUGGACAGCUCUGCAUUGGUUGCACGACAUUUACCGGCCAGUCAGCGUGCGUGUUCUUGGAUGUGUGGCUUGAUCUUGUUUUUUCCUUUUCUCAUUUUGGGGCCAACGAGGCAAUGGCUUGGUUUUUUUUUUCACUGCUCUCAAAAACAAAUACCCCGCGAUCUGCAGCGACUAUGACGACUUGCAGCAAUCGGGUAACACACAAGACCCCCAAAUUGUGGAGGGGGGAGGGUUUCUUUUUGGGCAGGGCAGGGCAGGGUAGUACAGGGCACGAUUUCCAAGGCUUGGGGGGAGGGGGGGAUGCACCAUAGCCGGCGGGAACUAAAUUAUCACUCGAGUAAGCCGGACCGGGCGAGUAGUGCAGGGCAGGCGAGCGUAGCGAUUCAGGGUCCUCUGAUAAUUCAAGAUUUGAUUGGAAACUGGUGUGAAAUAAACUUUUCCCUUGCCGUGUAGGACCUUUCGAAACACCGAAUCCUUCCAACUCUAAAUCUCCCUUGCCUUGCCUAUGUGCUGUUCCCUCUCUCGCCCACUCGCUGCUCCUCACCCUGCAUCCCCUCCCUGGCCUGGCCCUGUCUGUCUGUCCUGACGUGUUAACGGGUCGGUGGGUGGGGACAAUUGGGCAAUCCUUGCGUCUGUUGGUCUUUUGGCUUUUCCUACGCUAUGCAGGUGUAGUUCGUGUACAGGUUUGCUUGGGUGGUGGUGGUGGUGGUGUCAAAGGUUGUGUGGGUCACCCGUACAACCUGUGCUGUGCAUGUAUGCCUUACCGGCCGAGGUUUAUAAUUAUCAUGUCAGCUAUACGUUAUAUUAACCUGACUUUCUUGGUCUGACAAGGCCUGCCAGAUGGCCACCCUUG